UUGUAACUGGCUGGGAAACCUAACAAGAGAAGCACACUUGACAAGGAUUCCUGGACCCGAUUAACCCCAAAGAAAUAUAAAUAAAUAAGCAGAUACUUCCAUCUCCAGGGAACUGAGACAAGCUCUAAUUCAGUGAAGAAUGGAAAGAAGGUCUUCUAGAUAAGAAGAAAGCAGACUGGCUUUUGGGAGGAAGGUAAAAUCCGUCGGAAUUUGGAGGAGUUCAAAGGAAGGACUGGCUAUAGAAUCUUGAUUGUUCCAGUAAGGAAACCUGGAACCGAAUGUAAUCUGGGACAGAAGACACAGACGUUCCCUUGCCAGAAAUUUCAACAAGAAUAACAAAUGGGUGAAGAAAGCUUGAAGAAAAGAAGAGGAGUGGACAAAGGAAGAGAGGACAGACAAUCCAUCCAGAGCCAUGAACCCCAAACGAUGAACCUACAAAAGCAGGUGGGCCUCGUUAGUGGCAUCUGUAUGAUUGUUGGUACAAUUAUUGGCUCAGGUAUCUUCGUUUCUCCAAAAUCAGUGCUUGCCAAUGUUGAAGCUGUGGGUCCUUGUUUAAUUGUCUGGGCAGCCUGUGGAGUUCUGGCAACACUAGGUGCACUUUGUUUUGCUGAGCUUGGCACAAUGAUCACAAAGUCUGGGGGAGAAUAUCCUUACCUCAUGGAGGCAUUUGGCCCAAUUCCAGCAUUUUUGUUUUCUUGGACGAGCUUACUGGUCACAAAACCCAGCUCAUUUGCAAUCAUCUGCCUCAGCUUUGCAGAAUAUGCAUCAGCUCCUUUUUAUCCAGGUUGUGAUCCACCCCAAGUUGUCAUCAAGUGUCUUGCAGCAGCUGCUAUUGUGGUAAUCACAAUUGUGAAUUCAUUGAGUGUGAAGCUGGGAAGUUACCUUCAGAAUUUUCUCACAGCUGCUAAAAUGAUCAUUGUCACGAUCAUUAUUGUAAGUGGAAUUGUUCUCCUUGCACAAGGAAAAACUGAAAACUUCAAAGAUUCUUUUAAGGACAGUAAAAUUUCUGUUAGCUCCAUCAGUUUGGCAUUUUAUAAUGGACUCUGGGCAUAUGAUGGAUGGAAUCAACUCAAUUACAUCACAGAGGAACUUAAAAAUCCUUACAGAAAUCUACCACUGUCUAUAAUUAUUGGGAUCCCCUUGGUUACAGUUUGUUACGUUCUGAUAAACAUUUCCUAUUUCACCGUGAUGACUUCAACAGAACUUCUGCAGUCCCAGGCAGUUGCUGUGACAUUUGGAGAUAGAGUCCUUUAUCCAGCCUCUUGGAUAGUUCCUCUCUUUGUGGUAUUUUCGACCCUUGGAUCUGCCAAUGGCACCUGUUUUACUGCAGGCAGACUUGUUUAUGUUGCAGGUCGUGAAGGGCACAUGCUAAAGGUUCUGUCUUACAUUAGUGUUAAGCGCCUGACACCAGCACCUGCUAUCAUAUUUUAUGGGGCCAUUGCUAUUAUUUAUAUUAUUCCUGGUGACAUUGAUACACUCAUAAAUUACUUUAGUUUUGCAGUAUGGAUAUUUUAUGGUUUAACUGUGCUUGGAUUAAUUGUUAUGAGGUUUACAAGGAAGAAUCUCCAGAGACCCAUCAAGAUACCCAUCAUCAUUCCUGUCAUAGUGACACUGAUCUCAAUUGUGCUGGUAUUGGCACCAAUCAUCAGUGCCCCUGAACUGGCCUAUUUGUACUGUACUUUAUUUAUACUCAGUGGACUUAUUGUUUAUGCACUUUUUGUUCAUUUAAAAUUCGACUGGCCACAAAAAAUUUCAGAUCCCAUCACCAUGCACCUCCAGAUGCUUUUGGAAGUUGUUCCAGAAGAGGAAGUUACUGAAUGAAGUAUUUUAUACCCACCAGGUUGUUUUUAAGUGCUGUACUGGUUGAAGUAGAUUCAAUUUAGUUUGGCACACAUGUAAAUUGCUAUGUUUGUACUGGUG